UAACUUCGACAACCGGCUUUGGUAGAAAAAUGAAGACCAAUCUUUCUUUAUUUUGUCUUUUAGUACCAGUUUAUGCCAUCUUAAUCGGUCAGAUAAAUGGAGAUUCCGUAUUUGGCUGUGGUGGAUUUGUCAAAUCUGACGUCGAUAUAAACUUUUCCUUAGUUGAAGUGAAGUUGUAUACCAUGCAUGGAAGUAUAAAGUAUCAGACUGACUGUGCUCCAAACACUGGGUACUAUCUCAUUCCACUGUAUGACAAGGCUGACUUUAAGCUGAAAGUAGAACCACCUAAAGGAUGGAGCUUUGAACCUGAAAGUGUGGAAUUGAAGAUUGACGGCACCACUGAUCCAUGCAGUCGUCAGGAAGACAUUAACUUUAAGUUUACAGGGUUCUCUGUUAAUGGAAAGGUUAUAAGUAAAGGACAAGUGAAUGGACCUUCUGGUGUGACAGUAACACUUCACAAGUCAGGAUCACCAGACAUCCUACAGACUGUUACAACAGCUGACGAUGGAAGCUACAUUUUCACUAAAGUCAUGCCAGGGGAUUAUGACUUAAAAGCAACUGCAUCUCCAAAAUAUAAAUUCUUACAGCAACAAGCCAAGGCUACAGUGACUUCUGAUAAUGCUGAUGUAGGAAAUUCUAUAGUGAUAGCUGGUUAUCAAGUGGUUGGUAGUGUACAAAGUGAAGGAGAACCAAUCAAGGGAGUUAAUUUUGUACUGUUUUCAAAAGUUGUAAACAAACAGGAUGUGGGUGACUGUGAAAAAUCAGUUCCUAAAGGAUUUGUCUCCCCUGACAAGCAGGAGUCCUUAUGUUAUGUUACAUCAAAGGAUGAUGGAACAUUUACUUUCCCCUCGCUGUCUGUAGGCGAGUAUAGCAUUGUACCAUUUUUCAAAGGAGAACAUAUCAGAUUUGAUGUUGUACCUGCUAGUAUGGAGUUUAAGGUUCUUCAUAAUGCAGUCAAAUUACAGCAAACCUUCCAAGUGUCAGGAUUUUCUGUUAGUGGCAGAGUUAUCAAUUCUCAAAAGGGAUCUGGAGUUGGUAAUGCUGCAGUGUAUGUAAAUGGUAAAAAACAAACUACAACAAAACCUGAUGGUACUUAUCACCUGGAGAAUAUGAAGACAGGAUCAUAUAUCAUCAAAGUUGAGGUUGAAAACAUCCUGUUUGAUGAAACCAGUGUUAAAAUAUCUCCUAAUACUCCACAUCUACCUAAUAUUAUAGCUACCAAAUUUAGCCUUUGUGGUCAGAUAGUCAUUGAUAAGCUUCCUGAAGGUCUUAGACAAGUACCUCCACAAAGAAGAGUCAUCUAUUUCCCAGAAGGGAAAAAUUCUGAUGCUGUAUCCAUAGCAACAGAUAAAGAUGGGAAAUUCUGUACCCAUGCUGCAUCAGGCAAAUAUGUGAUUAAGGUACAUCUCACAGAAGAAGAGAUGGCAGGAGGUCUCCAGAUUAUCCCCAGUGAGAAGUCUAUCACUAUACCUAAUGCUCCUGUAUUAGAUGUUAUGUUUACACAGUUCAGAGCUAAAGUUACAGGAGCUGUUGCUUGUCUAGAGAAAUGUGGGUCAAUGGAGGUAUCCUUAGAGGCUGUAGGACGAGAUGACUUUAAACACACAUCUCAGGUGAAAGAAUCAGGAAAAGAAGGCAUAUUUUAUUUUGAGAAUGUGAUGCCAGGAAAAUACAAAGCUAUUUUGAUGCAUGAUACAUGGUGUUGGAAGGAGAAAACCAUUGACAUAGAGGUCACAGAUAAAGAUCUAACAGGCAUUAAGUUUAUACAGACGGGAUAUAUACUCAAAUGUAGUAUCUCACAUGAAAUUAAAUUGCAUUUUGCCCAUGAGAAGAAAGUUGGUACAGUUGGGUCAUUUGAUUUGAAUAAAGGAAAGAACAGAUUCUGUUUAGCCCAGCCAGGUGUAUAUAAGUUGACACCAGAUUCCUGUCACAAGUUUGAAAAGGAUAUAUACACAUAUGACACAUCAAGUCCAGAGUUGCUGACAUUGACAGCAGUAAAACAUCUGAUAGAGGGCAGUGUUACAACAGAAGAAGCUGUUCAGGAUCUGACAGUCACACUUUUAUCAAUGGUGGAUAAAACGCCAGUUGUCCUUGGGCCUCUGACAACAGACAACAAACCCCCACCAGCAGAUACCAAAGACAACAAAGCAGCACAACCAACUGGACCAUUUGUAUAUAAGUUCUCACACUGGGCAAGAACUGGUGAAAAGCUGGAAGUUAGUGUCAGUUCUAAAGAACUGUUAUUCAGUCCUGCCAAAACUGAAGUUGCUGUUUUAGGAGAUACCUGUGCUGGUGAGGUAGCUAAGUUUAUUGGUAAGAGAGGUGUGUUUAUAAUUGGUCAUAUUAAACCAGCAAUCGAGGGAGUUAACAUUACAGUGACAACUAAAGGAGUCCAGGCACCUUCUGUUUCGAUUAAUUCAGCUGCUAAUGGUGGAUUUAAGAUUGGACCAUUACACAAAGGAAAUGACUAUGAAGUUUCUGCAGAGAAACAUGGUUAUGUGUUUGUAAAACAAGAUGGUGAAAUGGCUGUGUUCUCUGCUUAUAAACUGGGAGAAAUCUCUGUCAAGGUGAUAGACAAGGAAGGGACUGCUCUACCUGGAGUGGUGUUGUCCCUGAGUGGAGAUAAACAAUACAGAAGUAAUAAUGUUACACAAGAUAAUGGUACCAUUGUCUUCCCUGAACUGGGACCUGGAAAAUAUUUCUUGAGAUCCAUGAUGAAAGAAUACCAGUUUGAACCAGCUUCCCAGCUGAUAGAAGUAUUAGAAGGUACCACAAUGAAUAUCACUAUCAGUGGAAAGAGAGUAGCAUUUAGUUGUUAUGGCCAAGUUACCUCAUUGAAUGGAGAGGCUGAACAAGGAAUAAUUGUAGAGGCCAUGGGAGAAGGAGAAGGGUGCUCCUUGUUUCAGGAGGAAUCUAAAACAGACCAAGAAGGACUUUAUCGUAUAAGAGGUCUUCAGCCCAAAUGUACUUAUGUCAUCAGAUUGAAAACUGAAGUUAACAAACAUAUUGAAAGAUCAGCACCAAAAUCCAGAAAUAUUAUGAUAGAGAAUUCUGAUUUCACAGGAGUUAACAUCAUUGCUUUCCGUAAAAUGAACCAGAUGGACAUCAGUGGAAAUAUUGUCUGUCAUGAUGAUUACUUAUCUACUCUCAAGAUACAUUUAUACAGAGAUGAUAAUGUUGAUUCACCAAUACACACAGUUAAUAUGGGUGUGACAUCAUUCUUCUUUCUCCCAUCAUUACCUAUCAAUAAUGAGAAAUAUCUGAUAAGAAUAGAGAGUUCAUUAUCUAGAUCAUCAUAUGAUUAUACAUUACCAGAAACAGAGUUCUUAGCAAAUCAAUCAUACAAACAUUUUACAGUUGAUUUUACACCACAGAGAAAAUCAUUAGAACAAGAAUUAAAUCAAGGAUCAUUCCUUAUACUACCUCUAACAUUGCUGUUAGCCUAUGCUAUUUAUAAUUAUCAAACUCUGUUACCCUUUAUGUUAAGAUCAGUUAAUCAGAUACAGACAAUGUUAACAGUAAACCAGGCUGAUUUGGUCCACGCUUCACAGAGUGGAGGAGGAGGAGGUGAUGCAUCAUUGUACAGUGAACAGGUCGGAGCUGCUAAAAAGAAAGCUAAACCAAGAAAAACAUAAUCUAUACAGAAAACUUAGAAAUGAUUUUAAAUUAUUUAUAAAUUACUUCAUUAGGCUUUAUAUCACUACUGUGGAUUCAUUAUUAUACAAGGGGUGCCAAUUUUUUGGAUUUCAUGGGUAUAUACAUACAUAUGGAAACCAAGAAUGUAAAAGGCCAACGAAGAAUAAAUUUUCUAUAGGCUUGUAUACAAACUUUUGCAAAACAAUGAAAUCACCAAAUUUCCACAAAAAUAUUAUUUUUCCGCAAUCCAUCAAAUUAGUACCCACAAAAAUAAAUGAAUCCACAGUAAUAUUUAUCAGAGAUUUUUUUAGUUUUUUAAAAAUUCUAUCAGUUAUUUGGGAAAAUUCUAAAAUUGGUCAUCUUUGUUUUGUAUUCGUCUUUUUGUUGUUGGUAUUUUUUAGCUUUUGGUGAAGAUUGGUUUAAAAAAAAAGAAUAAUGAAAAGAUAUUUGAAAUUUAUGGAUUUUUUAAACUUUUGAAUUCUCAGGUAGAAAAGAAAGCCUAGUAAUAUCAAUUGAUUUUGAUAAAAAAAAUCUUUGAGUAUUCUAAUGAAAUAAUAUAUGAUAAAGGUUUUUUUUUACCAAAUUAUUGCUGACACACUUAAUAACAAAAAGUACUUUUGAUUUUAUUCAGUUUGAGAGUGAGUAGGUCAAUUGAUUUAUUACUGUAUUAAUGGUACUCAUAAAAUCACCAAAGAUCUAUUAACAUUUUAUCUAGUGAAUAAUUUGUAUUGACUAUUCGUUGAACCAUUCUUUCAUCAUUUAAGGAUUUUAUUUCUUAGAAAUUAUUGUUUAGUUUUUCCCAAUUUUCAUGUUGAUCCUAAAUAUUUUUUUUUAUACAUUAUGGAUUGAAAUACUUAGUAAAAGCAUCAUUAGUUUGAAUGUGCAUUUCAUCACAUAAGAAGCAUACACAUCAUUGUACAUUCCUUUUGUGUUAUUCUAACUGACUACAUACACAUUUAUUGGUUCUUCAUGUCAUAUAUAUUACAUGUAAUGUGAUAUAAACUCAAUGUGUGUGUGCUAUUGGUAGUAAAUUAGGUGUUGAGAGGUUUCAUGCUUGAAAUUUAACUUUUAUAGAAUAUGUUUUACUGUUAUGAAGAAUGAUGAAUGAUUUUAUUGACUGAAAACUAUAAAUUAUGGGUUAUGAAUUUGAAAGUCAGAAUAAUGUCAUUUUCUUGUAAGAAAUACAUUUUAAUUUUUUUAAAUGUUUGUCACUAUCUGUAACUAUUAAGCAGAUUUACAUAUUUUUUUAAAUUUCUGAUUAAAAUUCCUAAGUAAAAAUGAGUGCUUAACCAUUGUAUGUUUCUCCUGCAAUAGACCACUACAGGAGACUAGCCAAUUAAAAAUGUCAUCAGUGUGUACCUUUAAGUGUUUUAUGAUACAGUUGAGAGUAAUUGUUGUUGAGAGACAGGAAUGAAGACAAUGUAUAGGAUUGAUGAUCACUAUGACAUAAAAUAUGUUGUAUGUAUCUUGAUAGUGCAAUAUUUAUUUGUUAAGAAAUAUAAUUUAUUAAUCAAGACAUAAUUGUUUAUAGUCACAUUUUAAAGAAUAAAUUUAUGAUGAUGAAUUAAAGACAUAUCAUGGGCAGUCAAAUUUAGGAACACUGAUUGAAGUUGCUGUCUUCUAGAUAUUUCUUGUCAAUUUAUAUAUUAUGGUAAGAGGUUUGAAAAUGGGUCAUUUCAAGGAUGUUUAUGAACAAACAAAAUAGCUACAUACCUCAAUACUGUAGAUAGAAUAUAUAAUCAUAUAUCCAGGACAUUGUUGGGUGAAAAAUUGUAAAAAGGUCAGAAUAUAGAAUUAUUCAUAUAUGUUUAAGGGAUGAAUGAAUAGAUUGCUGAAAUUAUAACAAAAAUGUGAUAAACCUCAUGACCAAUUUAUGAUGUCACGUUUAUUCUGUUAUUCCAUUGUGCUUGGUGUUGUGUAAAUGGAUCAACCUUAUACAUACCUGUAUUAAUUAGUCCAAAAAUUUAUGGCAUUGAAUUUAAAUCACUUCUUUUUGUCCUUUUUCUUUUGAUGAAUAUUUUAGAUUAAAGGAAAAGCAAUGAAACUACAAUAUUUUUUUAGACAUUAGGAAAUUGUAAAAUGUAAGAUUUUUUUUAAUCUAAUUCUUGAAAGGUUUUUAUAUAACGAAUCUCCAGGCAUGAUGGAAUUGGUUAACAAAGAUUUUUAUGAUUAAGAAAAACGAUAACAUUAGUGUUCUACUAAUUACACAUUCCUGAAUAACAAAGCAUUAUCAACAUGCCAAUCAAAUUAAUCAAAAGUUAAGAGGACAAAAAUAAAAACUGCAGACAUGUAUUUCAUAUUCAUUUACUCAAUACAGCUUCAUUGGUAUUCACAAUGUCAUGGAUGCAUUUAAAAGUUCUAUGUUUAAACUAAUGCGAUACUGUCUAUACAUAAUAUAUUUUAACGUAUAAAGAGAAUUGCAAUUUCUUGUUAAAUAUACCAUCUAAAUUUGAUUGUUUUGUCUCAAGGCCUCUUUUUUAAACUUAAUGUGGGCAGGUGUUUUUCUUCUUUCCUGGAAUUUUUUAUGAUUUCAAGAAUUUGUCUGGCCAAAUAUAAUUGGAUUUAACAAGAAGCCAAUGUUAAGAAAAUAUCAAUCUGUAGAAUUGUUAGAAUUGUCCAGUUUGUGUAAAGUUUAACACUUGAAUUGAACUCUCAAAAUAAUGUUGUUGCGUUUUUUUUUCUGUUUAACAACUCUUAAUGUGACAUGAAAUAGAUAGCUUGUUAUAUACGAAAAUUAAGAAACAAUCUCCAAUGUAGAACAAAUUUAAUGAAUUGAGGGAACCUUGAGAAACAAAUAAUUUUUUGCAGUGGCUUCAGAGGUUUUUUGUAUGGAAUUAUAAGUUAAAAUAUUAGUAAAUAUUGUUGAGUGUUUUGAUAGAGACUUCAUUAUAUGAAAAGACACUUUUUUUUAAUAAAAUGUGAUAAAAGUGU